AUGAAAGAUGAUUAUUUAAAUAAUAAGAAGGAAUCACAAAAAAAAGAAUUGGAUGAAUUUCAAUGUGAAAGAAUAAAAAAAAAAAAACAUGAACACGAUGAUGAAAAUAGUAAUGAUGAAAUUGUUAAGAAGAAAAAAAUAAAAAUUUAUAAUAAUUCAAGUAAUUCCAAGGAAGAAGUAAAUUGUAAAAUUAUAGGGGAUAAUUUAGGAAAAAGAAAAAAAGAAAAGAAAAAAAAGAAAAAAAUUUUGAAUAACAAUUUGGAAGAUUCAAAUACAAUUUCAGAUGAUGAUGAUGCUUCAUCUUUACCUCCAAGAAAAAAAAUUAAAAACAUAAAAAAAGAAGAUAAUCAUAUUGACAGCGAAGAAGAAGUCUUAUAUAAUGAUGAUAUAGAUCUUGAGGAAGAUCAGGAAUCUGAUACUUUUGAAAAUAGUAAAACAUUAAAACAAAUUAAGAAGAAAUUAAAUAAUGAAGGUAAUGUAAAAAAAAAUAAGCAUAUACAUAAAAACCAAAAAAUAAAUGAAGAUAAUUUCAAAAUUAUUAAAAAGAAAAAAAAAACUAUUGAUGCAAACAUAAGUAGAUCAAAUAAUAUUAAUAAUAAAACAAAACAUUCAAAUAAUAAUGUGAACAAAAAAAAAGAUAAGAGUCAUUUAAAAGAUGAAAAAAAAAUCAAUGAGAAUAGUAAAAAUAAGGAUAUUUAUAAUAAUAAGGAAAAUAUUAAGAUGACGUUUAAUGUUACUAAUCGUUUUACUGUUUUAGGAUGCGAUUGGGAUAAUAUUUCGAGUGUUGAUAUAUUUUAUUUAUUUGAAUCUUAUUACAAUUUUGAAAAACGGAAAAAGAAAAAUAUUGAUUAUAGUAAAAGUAGAGCAGUUAAAAAGGUUACUAUAUACACAUCAAAAUAUGGUGAAAAAAAAUUGAAAUAUGAAGAAGAACAUGGACCAGUAAUUAAUUCUGAUCUUUUAAAAAAAAAAUAUAAUAAGGAUGAAAAUGCCUUGUAUAGAAAAAAUAAUUUAUUAGAUUAUAUAAAGGAUGAAGAUGAAAACAGUGAGAAUGGUGACAAUGAUCAGGAAGAAGAAAAUGAAGACCCUGUUGAAGUACAUUAUGGUAAUAAUAAUGAUAGUGAAGAGUUAGAUAACCAAGAGGAAGAUUCAGAUAAUAAUAGUUUGGAUGAUAUGUAUUCUGAUAGUGGAGACAAUAAUGAUAAAUUAAAACAUAAAUCCAAAAACGUCAUAUCAAAAAGAGAUAGUUAUAAUAAUGCAGGAGAUAUUUCUAUAUAUAGGAAUGAUGAAGAUGAUGAAAAUGAAAAAAUUAGAUUAUAUCAAAUUCAAAGGUCAAGAUAUUAUUUCGCUCUUGUUGAAUGUUACAAUAAAGAAAUUGUAGAAUUCUUAUAUGAAGAAUUAAAUGAUAUGGAUGCAGACUUUUGUAUUAAUUAUUUAGAUCUUAGAAUAAUUGAUGAUAAUUGUUCUUUAGAUGAUUAUAAAAUUAAAGAAUCAUGUGAUCAUAUUCCAGAGAAUUAUGAGUUUCAUUAUUCUGUAAGCACAGCUUUAAAACAUACGCAUGCACAAUCCACAUGGGAAGAAAAUCCUAAGCGAAAAAAAUUGUUGUCCACCAAAUUUAAUGAAGAGCAAUUGAGAGAAUUAGAUUUAAAAGAAUACCUAGCUAAUUCAUCAAGUGAUGAAGAAAAUGAAGAAGAUGAAGAAAUUGUACAGAAAAAUAAAAACAAGAAAUAUAAUGAACAAAACGAAAGAUAUAACAAAGAGAGUUAUAGAAAACUACUUCUUGGAGAUUUAUUAAAUGAUGAUGAUUUCAAUGAAGAAAAAUCAUUGGGAGAUCUUAAUAAAUCUCUAAUACAAAACUCAAAUGAUGACAUAUAUCACAGUAGUGAUAAUUUUGAUGAAACACAUUCAUAUAAUAAUGAAGAUAUUACUAGUUUUAAUAAAAAACAGAUCUAUUCCAAAAAUAAACACACCGAUACCCACUUUAAUAAAGAACAUAGUAAUGAUGAAUCCAUAGAAGAAAGUGAAUAUAACUAUUUUAGCAAUGAUGAAAAUAUUGAUAAAAAAGAUUAUAAAAGUAAGUAUAAUGAAAAAAAAAGGUCUAAAACGAAUAAGGAAAAACACGAUUCUGAUGAUAGUGAUAAAGAAAAUGAAGUUGUCAACGUUUUUAAAAAUUUCCUAACCAAUAAAGAUAAAAAAGAAGAUAACAGAAAUCCAUGGGAAAAAUAUUUAGAUAAGGUAAAAGAAAAAAAGAAAAUGAAGAAAAAGGCAUACUUGGAAUCAUUAAAGAAAACAGAUGAAGAAAUUAAAAAAAUUAUAACGAAAAAAACAAACAAAAGAAAGAAAGAUUCUGUGAUGAAGAAUUAUGGAGAAAAGGACAAGGGAAAAACAAAUGAUUAUCACGUAGUUGAUUCUAGAUUUGCAGAUUUAUAUAAAAAUAAGGAUUUCAAUUUGGAUAUAACAAAUCCAAAUUAUAAGAAAACCAAAUUUAAUGAGGAUGUACUUAAAAAGAAAAAAUCCAUAAACUAA